UCACUACGGAUAGUAGUACUACGGCAUGUCCUUUUGGCAGGCUGCGCACCGCGUUCAGUUUUCCGCAUUGGUUUCGGUUUUGGGUUUCGGUUUCAGUUCGCUUGUGGACGUGCGUGCGGCAAGAACCUGCUGGAAAAGCCUCGGAACGGACCUGGUUAAUGGCCAACGGUUUUGGCUACUGACUCCUGGUAACUGGCUAGUGUGGCGGACAGGCGGCAGGAUCUGUGGCUUGCUGCGAAUGUGUCAGUAUGUCAGCGCCGCGUUUGUGGGUGUGUGUGUGAGUGUGUGGAUGUGAGACAGUGUCCUUGGGCGGACUAACAGGUUCCCCAUCUUCCCACGUGUUAAAGUGCGGCCAAAAGUUUUUCGUGCUAAAACAAAAAAAUACGAUAACAAGUCUCAAAUCUGCUGUCGCCUCUGAUUUGAGCUGAAAGUUUGCCUUAAGGAUUAAAAAAGCCAUCUUGGACUAGUCAUAGUCAAAGGACAACGAGGUGCCGUGGGCCAAAAGCGGAUAAGGACGAUGGAAAGUGAAGCAAGGGAGUGCUAAAACCAUAAACGAAAGAGAACAAACUCAGCUCUUAGUGCUGAAGAGCCAGGAAACCAGGUGGUUUCAGGUGAAAGUGCAUCCUGCGCCCAAGUCUAAUUAAAAGGAAUUGCGCCGCGGGUACAAAUUGCUCAUACGCCGUGUGGAUCGCGAGUGCUUUAGUGUCCGUAUAUACAGAAAAACAUAUGUGUGUGGCAGCAUUUUGUAUAUAAUCUAAAACAUAAAACCCCUGAAAGCAAUUCGAAAGGUGUUCACGUUCUUGUUCGAUUUGCUGGCGGGCCGUCGAAGAAUUAGUUUGGCAUGCGGCUGCUGUUGCCACAACUGUUGCAUGCAACAUGGAUGGCGAAAAUCGGAUCAUACUCAAUGUGGGCGGAAUAAGAUAUGAAACCUACAAGGCAACGCUCAAGAAAAUCCCCGCAACACGUCUAUCCCGACUGACCGAAGCCCUGGCCAACUACGAUCCGGUGCUCAAUGAAUACUUUUUUGAUCGCCACCCCGGGGUCUUCACCCAAAUCCUCAACUAUUACAGAACUGGAAAACUGCACUAUCCAACUGACGUGUGUGGCCCGCUUUUCGAGGAGGAACUGGAGUUCUGGGGACUCGACUCAAAUCAGGUAGAACCAUGCUGUUGGUCAACAUAUAGCAUACAUCGCGAUACGCAAAACACCUUAGCCAUAUUAGAUAAGCUAGAUAUUGAAAAUGAGAAGCCCACGGAGGAGCAGAUAGCACGACUAUUUGGCUUUGAGGAGGCACUGAGCAACGGCGAGCUUAACUGCUGGCAGCGUAUAAAACCCAAGAUCUGGGCCAUGUUUGAUGAGCCCUCCAGCUCCACGGGUGCCAAGAUCGUUGCUGGCAUGUCGGUUUUCUUUAUAUUUGUUUCUGUGAUAUCCUUCUGCCUGAAGACCCAUCCCGGCUUUCGUGUCGAUCUGCCCUCCGGAGUCCACGAUGCCCACGGGCCAGGAGCGGGUGGUCCUCCGCACGGACACGAUCCUAUGGCAGAGCCACCGCAGACCCAUCAGUACCAUCAGCACAGCAUCACGCCGCCCAGCGGCAGCAUCGGACCCACCUUUCGUGUCACGAACUACACGAGCUACAGCAGCGGCAACUUUACCGCUCCCGGCCAAGCCACGCCCAUCGCCACCAUCAAGGGCGGUCAGCGGCAGCGACUGAAACGGAAUAUCAAUGGCAGUAUCCUGAACGAGUUCAUCGAAGAGAAGAUAUUGGGGCACAAUGGGAGGAGAAAACACGGCUGGAUUGAGACCUAUGGUCAGCCGCACGAGGCCUUCUUCUACGUGGAACUGGUCUGCAACGUGUGGUUCUUCAUCGAGGUCAUCAUCAGGCUGAUUGUCUCACCUAAUUUGUGGCAGUUCAUCAAGUCGCCGGUGAAUAUCAUUGAUUUUACGGCCACUCUGAGCUUUUACACGGACGUAAUGCAGCGCAUGGGUGAAUAUACGGGUCUUCUGGAGGCCUUCUCCAUCGUAAGGAUUAUGCGGCUGUUCAAGCUGACUCGUCAUUCACCCGGCCUGAGAAUCCUCAUCCACACGUUCAAGGCUUCGGCCAAGGAGCUUACUCUGCUGGUAUUCUUCCUCGUCCUGGGCAUUGUGUUCUUCGCCAGCUUGGCCUACUAUGCGGAGAAGUUACAGGACAAUCCGGACAACCAGUUCAAGAGCAUCCCGUUGGGACUGUGGUGGGCCAUCGUGACCAUGACAACCGUGGGAUAUGGCGAUGUGGCGCCCAAGACCUAUCCGGGCAUGUUCGUGGGCGCCCUCUGUGCGCUGGCCGGUGUGCUGACCAUCGCCCUGCCCGUGCCCGUCAUCGUUAGCAACUUCUCCAUGUUCUACUCACACACACAGGCUCGCUCUAAGCUGCCCAAGAAGCGGCGACGUGUCCUGCCCGUGGAGCAGCCGCGUCGCAAGAGGGAGCCAACUGCUCCGCAUCGCGGAAGGACGAACGCCAUCAAGCAGACGCCACCCACUGGACCAGGACUGGUGGCCGGUGGCGUGGGUCCAGUGGGAGCGGGAGGGGCGGGACUCGGUGGCCAUGCGGUUGGUCAUCCUGCUGCGGGGGUGCCAAUGUUCAAGGACGCCUUCGGCGGAGCCAAAAUCGGCACCGUGAACGUGAACGGCGUCAAUGUCAUUGGCCUGCAUCCUGCGCAAAGGACGACGACCACGACCACGAUGGCGAUGGCGAUGAAUGAGGCGGAUCCGACGCCGCUGUCGGCGUUGACCUACCAAGUGCCUAUGCUCCAGCCCACGCCCCCGCCCGCCCACAGUCACGGCCACGCCCAUGGCCACGCCCACGGCCUUGGCCCCGCGUCAUCGACGGCGAUGACGUCAUCGGCAUCGCUUACAGGCUCAGCUGCCUCAGCAGCCGUUGCCACAGCCGCCGCAGCCUCCCCCGCCGGUCCCUCGUUCAUCAGUUCGGACUACUUGAGCGUGCCGGCGGUGCAGAGCCUCCAGCCGCGGGCGGCGACGACUGGCCACGACUUCAUGCUGCCGCUCCAGCCAAAACUUCUGGGCCCCCUGGAACGCAAGGAUCAGCAUCCGCUGCAACUGACUGCCCACAAUUUGGCCUCGGACACGCACCAGCUGAUGUACUCCGGCCACGCCCACUCGCAGCACAAGGUGGGCGGUGGGGCAGCGGUGCUGAAUGUGCCGCCCACGCUGAGCAUGUCACACACCCAAAUGCCACCCGGCAUCGCCAGCAUGGGUCAGCGGACGCCCAAUCUGAGUUUCCGGGCCGCUCACGGGGCGUCGUCCCAGGUGGCCACUCUUCAGCAGCCCAUUCCACACGCCCACGCCUGCCACGCCUCCACGAACUGCAACAUCAAGAUUUCGGUUGCCUCCGCCGCCGGCCUCUCGAUGGGAUGUCCGGAUGAGUUUCGGACUCCCAAGGUGACGCUGCUGGACGAUCUCAGCGAUGAUGUCAACUCCUCGACGGACGACUGCGGGGACUGUUGUCUGGUGGACGACAGCGAUACCUACGAGGGCACCACCAUCAACAAUGGUCCGAGUGGCCAGGAGAACGGAACGGAAGCCAUUCGGCUGGACGAGGGUCUUCUGGACAACGAUGUGGAGGAUGAGGAGGAGGACGGCGAGGGCAGCGGCGUGGGUGGAGACAGCGGCGAUAGUCUCGGCGGUAUCUACAUUGGUCCUAGGCAUUGA